GAGCUGCGCCUGCGCGGGCCCCGGCGUUGCCUCGGAGCGGGUGCGCCUGCGCCGCCGCCCCGGGCCCUAGCGCGUGCCGCCGGCUACCGUCCGCAGGGGGCCGGCGGAAGCGUGGCGGCGUAGGAUCCGCCCCCUCAUGGCGCUGUUGCCUGGCAGCGGGUUGCUCUGGUAACCGCGAGACAACAAGCGUGCCGGCUCGCGCCGCCGCGGCCUGAGGGGACGGGCGAGGGGCGAUCGCUGCGGUGGGCCGCGGGCGAGGAGCUGCGAGCGGGGAGGGGACGCGAGGCCCCUUAUCGGGGUGAGCGCUUCCCCAUGUUCGGGUCCCCUCCGCCACCUGCGCGCUUCUCCGUGUCCGGCCGCAGGGCGAAGAAGCCGUAUGCCGAGGAGAGCAUCAGUAACCUCCUGCCCCGCCUGGAGGAGAAGCCUGUCAAACCUCCCAGAUAUAUAUCCAUAUAUAGACCAUUUGUGAAGUGUGAAGCAGAGAAAAAUAAAGCUCAGUGGAAAACUAUGGGACCAGCAAAAGUUGCAGUGCCAUCUCCAAAAAAUUUUCUGCAGAAACAUUCAAAGGAACCCAAGCUACCAGCUAGAAAAAAAGAACAGGAUCCUAAGAAAUUGCCUGAAUUAUCAGUGCCACGGAGGACAGAUCGCCCAGUUAUGGGAAUUCAGAGUAAAAAGAAUUUUAUAAAUACAAAUGCAGUUGCUGUUAUCACAGGGCUGCCUAAAAAACCUCAACCUAUUUAUGUUGAUAGAAGACAGGGAGAUAAAUAUCUGCUUGAAACUUCAGGACUUCUUCCAAAAUACAUUAAGAAAAAGGAUUAUGGUGUUACACCAAAAUACGUAACACGGAGAAAUGAAGAAAGGGAGAGAGCUCAGAAAGAAUAUGAGGCCAGUAUCUUGGAGAAUCUCAGGAAAAAAGCCAUGAAACGGCUAACUGAUGAAGAAAGGAGAAGUCUUCUGCAGGGGCUGAAAAAGAACUGGGAGGAAGUGUAUCAUGAAUUUCAGGGUCUUCCAGUAGAAAUGGACACCAUCCCCAAGAAGAUAAAUAAAGAAAAGCUGGAAAUACAGAUGAAACAACUGGAGCAUGACAUAGAUGUAAUUGAGAAGCACAAAGUUAUCUACAUUGCAAACGAGUAAAGACUUUUUUUCAGAUACCAUCUCUUUCCUCCUUUUGUUUUUCUCUAUCCAUGCAUCUCCAAGAAGCACUCCACUAAAUUCUCAGAAGAGAUUGAUGCUGCCAACUAUUCGGAAGGAAAUAUUCAACUAAUAUCAGUAUGUAGCUUCUUAUAAAAGUUGUUACAUAUAGCUCUCAUCUGUACAAUUCACAGAAUGUUUUGAAAUAAAAUUAAAUUCUUAGAUUUUGAGUAUAAAACCAUGAAUUUAAUCUAUUAUUUUUUGUAAUUUUUAUUAACUGCUAAGAUUUCCAUAAACAUCAUACACAACACAUGAUAAAUACUGUUUCAUAUGUUUGGAGCAUUUCUUUUCUUGCAUAGCCAAAACAAAGUGAAAUAAUUGGCUGCUGAAGAGAUCUUGGUAAAUACAACUUCAGGGUGGGAUGGCUUCUGGACUAGUUACUAAAGAGCUGUCAUGCUUUACUUAAAAGCUUGAGUGAUGGUAUUUCUAGAAAGCUUGGCUUCUGCAUAACAUUUUGUGUAAUAAUUUUUUGUUACAAAAACACAGUUUUGAUAGUGGAAGCCUGUAAUGAUAUAGACUUCAUGCAAGACAGAUACCACAUGUAGCUUUCAGUGUGUGUUUACGUAUAAAUAAUUCUGUAAUACUAUAGUAAAUCUACAACUAAAGUAGAAAAAUGUGUUUUGAUUUCUGUUGUGUGUAAUGUUACAAUGAAAGCAAUAUACUAGCAAGUGAGUCAAAACCUAGGCAGAAAUUAUAUCUGCACACUAUGGUGCAAUUAUUUGCAUUAAAAGAGAAAUUGUUUUUCUUUCCUACGCUUAACCUUUGCUUAAGCAAAAGGUUUUUCUGUAUGGUAUCAAUCACUACCACCAGCAGCUGUUGUGACAUCAUAGUAUCUGACAUCAGCAGAGGAUGAAGUAAAAAAUUUCAAACGAACUAUGAAAAGCCAAUUUUUCACGUACAUGAAGUUCCUUUCAUGAAUGUGUCAUGGAAUGGCUUUGAAGACUCCGCAGUGAUUCUAGGCUAUUAUUUCUUGUGCUUCUUAAACUUGUCUAUGACAUGCACUAUGAAAGCGUGGGCGAGCAGGAAUGUGUAUUUUAUUCUCUGUAACUUAUUGUUCAGCAAUCAUGUUUAUUUUGAAAAGAUAUAAGCUGGAAGCAAGCUGUGGUUUUGUAAAAUAUGAAUUUCAUUUACUGUUUACUCAAGAGAAUGAUUUAUACUGUAUAUUUUAACAAAGCCACACCAAUUACUGGCACUUAAUAACAUGUCACAUUAUCUCCUA